AUGGCUUCACCCGUUCCACCAGAUCCCUAUGUGGCCUUGGGUGUCUCCAAAGAUGCUGAUAUUUCGGCUAUCCGCGCCGCUCACCGGAAACUCGCCCUCAAAUACCACCCGGAUCGGAUAAAGGACGAAGCUCUGCGAGAGAAAGGCAAAGAUGAAUUUCAAAAGAUCCAGCAGGCCUAUGAGAUUCUCUCCGACCCUGCCCGCAGGCAACGGUAUGAUGACCAGGUGCGGUUAGCUGAGCUUCUGAAAGAGACGAUGAUGAGAGAGCCCCCACCGUCAACCAACACUCGUACCUAUCCCACAAGAUCUGCACCGCAGGCUGCGACAUCCCAACCUCGCGAGUACAAUGACCCAGGCAACUACUUUGAAGAGGUCCGCCAACCUCGCGAUGCCUAUGAUUACCGAGACCUGUAUGAUGAGCAACCUCCACGCACAACCUCGCGAAAGUACCCCGACUUUGAAAGACGCACCGCUCCACCUCCCAAGGCGUCCGAGAAAUCCAGAAAGCCGACGGGCGUCUGGCCUGCGGCAAUGGCAGCUGGCAAAUUCAAGGCUCAAGCGGAGAAGAUCAGGAAUAGCAAAGCAGACGAAAAGAGAAACGACAAGGAGAAGAGGCGCGAAAGAACCGACAAGGCACAGACGAGAAGACAAGCCAACUUUGAAGGUACCGACAGCGACUCCGACGACCACCCGGAAAUUCGUCCUUCGAUGAAAUCGUCUCGCUCCAGGACCACCUCGGCUUUCGAUCGUCCUUCAGAGAGACCGAGAACGUCCCCACGGACCGAGCGGCCUCGCGACUUUGAUGAGGAGAGCUUUGAUGAGAAAUGGGAAAGACACCACGAAGAGAGCAAGGCCUAUAUGGCCAAGGCAACAAAUCGCCCCAGCCUGGAUCGGAACGGAUCAGAUGCUUAUCAGUACUGGAUCGGAGAGUCGAGGGGGGGUGGUGGUGGCCGCAAGAGUGGUUCAGACAAUGAAAAGAGACCUGGCUCGUCCAAGGGGCGGCGAACAUACACCGACGACUACUUUGCACCACCUUUCACCAAGGCUACAUCCUCUCCGUCCAACCUCCGAGCUCAUGUCGAAGAGCGCGCCCCACCGAGACCCACGACACGGGAGCGUGAAAGGGGGGAACGUGAACGGGAUCAUGACCGAGAGCGCGACCGCGAGCGGGAAAGGGAGCGAGAUCGUGGUGACCCCCGACGAGCGGCACCUCCUGGUCUGCAUCGUUCUCAGACUACACCAGCGCCCAAAGUAUCGUCGUCAUCGAGAAAAGACACUGCGCCCGCCAAAGGCUCCAACUUGAAGCACGGCGAGACCAAUGUGCAUGACUCUGGAUAUGGCAGCAGCUCCAGUCCGCACACACCCGAGAUGCGGGAAGAGAGCCCGCCAAGAUCUGGCAAGCCCCGAUAUCAAUCGACAACAUCAACCAAGUAUCAGAUCGUGGAUCAGGACCUUGACGCCGACGAAUACGGAAGGACUCCUCGCGUACGGGAGGUCUACGGCGACGAUCGUUCUCACCGACGAUAUCACCGUAGCCCAGAGUCCAUUGUUGUCGAGCCAUCACGGGAACCCGAUCGCCGAAAGGAAAGACCGGAGCGUCCUCGGGUUGACACCAACAAAAAAUCCUCUCGUGGCGCAUCUUUGAUGCAGGACUUUAUUCCCCCCUCUCCUACCGCCCGACGAAGCGAGUCCGCACGAUACGAGGAGAGACCAUCGCCGCGCUCUCCCCGCGACACGCCACCCAUCUCGCGCAACAACAGUGGUCGUGAAAAGGCAUUUGCAGAGUCUCCCGAGGAACGAGAGUCCUCGAGGUACACCCGGCCAUAUCCUGCGGACAAGGUCCACAUCACCCCUCGUCGAGAACCACAGUAUUCGCAGUACGAGUAUCGCGAACCCAACGAUCGAUCUCAGUUCCGUGAAGCGCCCCGAAUGGCACCUCGGCGGCCUUCGGUAAACGCCUAUUAA